AUGUUUGAUUGCUUUGACUACGCUAAAGAUAUUGGCCAGAUAUGUAAUGAAAUUCCAUUCACCAUGAAUACUGCUGGUGAUUAUACUUUUCUUUCCGUUGCUGUUGAGAGAAAUUUUCAUGUAUAUUCCGCAAAAGAGCUUAAGCUUAACUUUGAAGGAAUAAAUCAUCAGGAAAAGAUCACACAUAUUGCAGCUGAUUCUUCACGCAUAUUUACAUCAACAGAACACUUCUUACGAUCAACAAUUCGUUCAACAAACGAAUAUCAAGAAAUAGAGCUAGACGAACCAAUCGAAGUUCUCGAAGCAUGCCAAGGAAUUCUAUUGGCUGCAUCAGGAAAUGAGCUUACAGCAUAUAAACCAAUAAGUCUCGAUGAAAUUUUCACAAUCGAUUGCGAAAAGCACAUUACUGCCAUCUGCCAUCCAAAAGCAGCCCUCAACAAAGUCAUUGCUGCAUAUGAUGAUGGCUCAUUUGAUUUGUGGAACGUAAAUCGUCAACAAUUAAUCUUCCAUUUCGAAGGUUUUGACUCACCAAUCAUUAAAAUCAUUCAAUCACCUGAUAAAGACACACUCGGAUAUGCAACAAUGGAUGGAAGACUUAUUUUCCACAACUUUGUUUACAAUAAAGAGUUAUUCGCAUUCCAGCAUACAGAUCUCGUGUGCGGAUAUUCAUUCCGUACCGAUGGCCUUGCUCAUAUUGCUGUAGGUCUUGCAAAUGGCGAUCUUAUUGUCUGGAAUUUGAAUGACCAUCAAAUUUUAGCAAAAUUAGCACACGCACACGAUGGUUCAAUCACAUCAGUUCAUUUCUUACCAGGAACAAACCUUCUUAUCACAGGAGGAUCAGAUAAUGCGAUCAGACAGUGGAUUUUAGAUCCAGAUUGCGCCGAUUUCGUAAGAUUAUUCCGUGCUCGAUUAGGCCAUAGCGUUCCACCUACAGCAGCAGCUUUUGCUGACGUUGCAGGAACAGUUCAAUUGAUUACAGCCUCAGGAAACGGCCGCGUCAUCAGUAUGAACCCAUUCCUCGAGACAUCAGCCCAGAUCCUUUCUACAUCCCAACUUAAUGUGAACCAGCUCAAAUUCCCGAUUUCGGCCAUGGCAACUACAAAUUCACACAGAUUCUGCUCGGCUGCCACCGUACAUGAAGGUUCUAGCCUUGUCAUGCUCUGGGAUGCCGAAAACAAGCGCUUUUCCGGUAGAUGCUUAACCGCGAUGCCAGAACAUGGUGUAAAUAUCGACAACGACCAAGGAAUUGCGUUCAACAAGCUCACAGCACCUAAUAAGGCUACUUGUGUCUUCUUGACUCGUUGUGGUAAUUUCGCAAUUGUAGGCGGAAAACAAGGAAACGUUGAAGUUUUCAUAACGCAGAGUGCAAGAAGGAAAGGAGCUACAGACCGUCCACACGAAGCACCAGUUGUUUUCACUCACGUUGACCCUGUAAAUACAAGAAUCGUCAGCGGAAGCGAAGAUGGCUUAGUUCUUUUCCAUACUUUCGACAGCCGCUCAUAUAUUGGUGAAAUGAACCUAUCCGGUCCCAUCAAAUCAUACGCGUCCCAUCCAAAUGGAGAAUUAAUUGCAGUAGGUCAUGGAAAAAGUGACAUUACGAUUAUCGAUACAUCGACACGAAAAAUCGCAAGAAAAUUCAGCAAUGCCGAUGCGAAGACAAUGAUAUUCUCACACGAUGGCCGCUUUUUAUUUGUUGGAACUCCUUCAAACGACGUUCAUUUAUUUGAUAUCAUCACAGCCACGUUAAUACAGACCGCCAGAUCAGAUUCUCCUGUCCAAUCAUUCGCCGUCCAUCCAAAUGGCGAAUUAAUUGCAACUCUUCAUGUUGGAAAAGUUGCAACAAGAUUAUGGAGAUUCUGCCCUCAAAAGAUCACAAGAGCUGAAGGUGUUUCAGCUGCUGUUGCUGCUGAUCACUCCAAUUUUGCUAGAUACAGUGAUCUUCCUUUAGAUAAGAUGAAGAAAUUAGUAAAUCCUCCUCGCGAUCCAUUAAGACGCGCCAAAGUUGCCAAGCAACUUCCUUUCUUCCUUUCUGCGCUUGAAGAUGCUAAAUAUAACAACCAGAACGAAGAAAUGGACGAAAAAGAAUUCGAUGAAAUUCUUUCUGACAGACCACAAACUAAUUUUGUCAGAAAACUCUGCGAAGACGAAAAGAAGGGAGAUUACGAAGAGUCCAUUAAAGAGAUCAUCUCAAUGGACAAUGAUUCUAUACAGACAGAAGUUGCGGCACUUGGAAUUGGCGAAGGUGUCGAUGAAAGACUUUUGUUCGCAAAGAUGUUGUUGUGGGGUGUGAAGAGCCGCAAAGAUUUCGAGGCAAUACAAGGAAUUCUCGCGGUUUUCUUGAAGGAACACAGCUACACAACAUCGGAUUCAAAGGAUAUUAGAAAUGUCCUUAAAGAACUCCUUGUUGCACAGAAUGAGGUUAUCAAAUUCCUUGAGGAUGACCAACCUCACGCACUUUGUUUAGCACAAACAUUGAAUAGAGCAUAA